AGAGCCUGACUUAUCUUCACUGCUGUCAUCGAGGCUGCCAGUAUUUUUAGGGGACAGCAGCAGCUGCAAAAGCAUUUAAUGGUCUUCUACGAACAAUGACACUAGGGGUGUCUCAGGACUAAACGCCACAGAGAUUGUGGGACUGCUGGAGCGAUCAAAGGAAAGCUGUCUGUUAAGACUAAAAUCAUCUUAAAAGGGGCAUGUAAAAGAUUUGGCAAAAUGGGCAGGUGACACUGGUUAACGAGGAGGACAUAUUCCCAAGAAAUUUACAGAAGAGAAAAAGGAUUAUUCUUUUAUAAACCCACUACCGCUGGAAGUGAAGGCCAAGUGAAGCAGGAGAAGCUGGUUGCCACGGAAUGUAUAUUGACAGUUGUCUCUAAGGACUGAAGAGAGAGACUUGAUAAACAGCCGGACAACAACAUUCUUCCAAAGUAAUAUAGAGACUGAAUGCCUGUAGCCUGUCAAUCUGAGCGGAGGUUGGCAAGCGAGCAGGGAUGGAUGUGUUUGGUGGAGCGCCACGUUUCCUGGCCUACCCUCGUCCUGUGGUAGUACAAAGUGGCACAGAUGCAGUUCUGAAAUGCCAAAUUGGGGGGGAUCCCAGACCAGCAGUUAUAUGGGAGAGAAACAAUGAGAAGAUUCAUCCAGAGGGCAGAUAUCGGGUGUUUGAGGAUGGCAAUGUCUAUAACCUUAUCAUAACCUCUGUGACAAUGGAGGACAGUGGGCAAUACAUCUGCAAGGCCAAGAACUGCAUUGGAGAGACUUACGCAGCAGCCACUUUGAAAGUAGAAGGUGAAGCACAGGAGAUGGAAUUUCGGGAGGAAAACAAGCCCCGCUUCCUCAUCAAGCCCCUCUCGACUAGAGUUGGACGAGGAGAAGAUGCUGUGUUCUCCUGUAAGCUAUGGGGAAAUCCUAGACCAGAAGUGAUGUGGGAGAAGGAUGGCAAAAAGUUAAAUGAGAUCUUUGAAAGCACACAUUUCGCCAUCAGCUAUCAAGAUGGAGGAUGGUUCCAACUAAAGAUUUUCAAGACAAGAGCACCAGAUGGAGGGGUGUACACAUGCAAGGCCAGGAAUGAAUCUGGAGAAAGUCUGGCGGGGGCUGUGCUAUUGGUGGAUGCUGGACCAGGACAUGAAGAUGAAGGGAACCGUAAUGGAUACACUAAUGGCCACUGGAAAGCACAUCAGGGAAAACAGAGAAGUGGCAGGCAGGUUGCGACUAGGCUGAAAGAUGACCCACUGCCAAACUCAGCCAAAGUGAAAAUGUUUGCAGUGACGGAAGGGAAACAUGCAAAAUUCCGGUGCUAUGUAACAGGGAAGCCAAAACCAGAAAUAUUAUGGAGGAAAGAUGGGAGACUUAUCUUGUCUGGGAGACGGUAUCUUUUGUAUGAAGACAGAGAGGGUUACUUCACACUUAAAGUUCUCUACUGCAAACAACAGGACAAUGGAGUUUAUGUCUGUUCUGCUUCAAACACUGCAGGGCAAACCUUGAGUGCUGUACACCUUAUCGUCAAAGAGCCACCUGUCCGAUUUAAGCAACCACUGAAUGACUUGCAAGUAUGGGAGAGGGACUUGGCUGUUCUUGAGUGUGAAGUUCCUGAGGACUCUGUUCCAAUCACAUGGUACUUAGAAGACAGACGACUACAGCCUGGAGCCAAAUAUGGGAUGGAGGAGUGGGGUACAAAACGCAGACUUACAAUCCGUGAUAUUGGAGUUGAUGACGAUGGGAUAUAUCUCUGUGAGAUGGCUGAUGGGGGCAGAAGCAUUGCAGAGGUAGCAGUCAAAGGUACCAUUGUAAGAAAACUGCCACGAAAAGUUGACGUUCUAGAGGGGGAAAAUGCAGCCUUCUGUGUGGAAGUGGAGGAGGAAGAAAUGGACAUUCAUUGGUACAAAGAUGGAACAGAACUACGGGAGACCCAUCAGACCAUUCUCAAAUCCUUUGGAAGGACACACAUCUUGGUUUUUGUCAACACCACACCACAAGACUCUGGUAUGGUCAUGUUUUAUGUGGGUAGAUCAAAGACGUCGUCACAGCUACGGGUGAAAGCUGCAAGGCACUGUCCACCAAGCUGUCCUAUCGGGGUACAAAUAAACACAGAACGAGCAAAUGCAGCUCUCCUUUCCUGGUUUCCAGCACAAGACUCUCGGAAGAAUCCACCUUCAGGGUAUAUAAUUGAGAGGCAAGAGGUUGGCUCACAAGAGUGGCUGCAAUGUUUGACCACAGACUCUGCGACCUCAGUGGAGAUUCUUGGUGACAGCGUUCCAUGCGAGGCAGACUACAGAUUUCGGAUAUGCAGUGUCAACAAAUAUGGAAGAAGUGGGAAUGUAGAGUUUCCUCGAGCAGUUCACCUUGUUCCAGUUGCCAGAAUCCAAGCACCUCUACAAGAUGCUUUAGUGCCAGAGGGUCAGGAUGCCUGCUUUACCAUUGAGCUGUCUGCCUCAGUUAUAGGCACUUGGUUCUUAAAUGGAAAUCAGCUUCAAGACGAUGACCGUUUCUCCAUAAGGCGUUCACGAACACACCAGUCUCUACGCAUUCGUGGGGUACGGGACACAGACAAUGGAGCAGAGAUCACCUUCAUUGCCUAUGGAAUUCGAGAUUCUGCUGCUUUGUAUAUACAAGCUCCACUGGUAAAAUUCACUCCACUUUCUGAAAUGGAUCGAAACAAAUUUGUGGAGGUCGGUAACCCUAUAGUGCUCUACUGUGAGCUGUCAGACCCCGAGGCACCGGUUCGUUGGUAUAAGAACGGUGUUGAACUUCAAUCAAUGGAAGGUCUGCACAUCCAGUCAGAGGGAACAAUGAGGAGAAUUGUCAUCCAAUCAGCUGAUUUCUCCCACUCAGGAGUUUACAGUUGUGAUGCUAUUGAUGACGUCAUCAGGUUUAACGUGGAGGUUGAGGCCCCACCAGUGAGGUUCAUCGUUGUUCUGGAGGAUGAGAGGAACAAGUCCAUUGAAGCAGGCUCACCGAUAGCACUGCAAUGUGAGCUCUCAGAUCCACUCGCCCAGGUCUCCUGGUAUAAAGAUGGUGUGAAACUUCUACCACAAAGUGGACUAGACUUCAGGUCCAAGGGCACACAGAGGCAACUGACUGUCCCGUCAGCUGAAUUUUACCACUCAGGGGUGUACAGCUGCAAGACAAGGGGUGAUGCUGUCCACUUCAAUGUGGAUGUUAAAGCCCCACCUGUGAGGUUCUCCGCUGUCCCUGAGGUUAAGCGGAGAAAGUGCAUUGAAGCAGGCUGGCCCAUUGUUCUGCAGUGCGAGGUUUCAGACUCUACUGCACAAGUCCAGUGGUACAAAGAUGGGGAUGAGCUCCUUUUAAAAUCUGGAGUAGACUUCAAAUCAGAUGACUGCAUGAGAAUACUCAGUAUUCAAUCAGCACACCCGUCUCAUGCCGGUGUGUACAGCUGCUCAACAAAGGAUGAUGUCAUCAAGUUUCAUGUGGAGAUAAGAGCUGUGACGGUGAGGUUCUCAGCUGUUCCUGAAGCUGAGAGGAAUAAAUGCAUUGAAGCCGGUGGCCACUUUGAACUCCACUGUAAGGUCUCAGACCCUACAGCCCAAGUCAGCUGGUUCCACAAUGAUACAGAGCUUCAGCCUGAGACUGGUUUGGAUAUUCAGUCAGAGGGAGAUGAAAGGACACUGGUAGUUAAUCCAGCUGAGCCCAGUCAUUCUGGAUUGUACCGCUGUGAAUCAUCUGAUGACUCUGUCCAGUUCACAGUGGACAUCAAAGACGCACCAGUGAUGCUCUCAGCAUUACCAGACACAGAGAAGAACCAGAUGGUUGAAGCAGACUACUCCACUGAUUUGCACGGUGAGAUCUCAGAUCCAAAUGCCAAUGUGUGUUGUUACAAGGAUGGUGUAGAGCUCAUCUCAAAAAGUCAGCCUCAUAUCAAAUCGGAGUGUACCAGGAGGACGUUAGCUGUCAAGACAGCACAGCCCUCUAACUCUGGAUGGUACGACUGUGUGAGAACGGGUGAUGUCAUCCAGUUUAAUGUUCAAGACCAAGUGCCGCCACCAACAUUUUUGGCUGAUCCUGAAGUUCAGAAGACCAUAUGUACUGAAGAAAUGGAACCUGUUGCAUUACAUUAUGAAAUUUCAAAUACCACUCUACAUGUCAGCGAGACAAAAGAAGAAAAGGUCAUGCUUCCUCAAUCUGAGCCUGAACCUGAAUUUCAACCUGAUUUGAACCUUGAUUCCAAAUUUGAAUUUGAACCCAAAUCUGAAUCUGAAGUUCACUCAGAGCUGUCCAGAGGAAGUGUAGCCAUCCACACACCAGAGACAUCUCUUUUUCAAGUAAACAGCCAAAAGAUGAUCCCAGAUGAUCCCAUCCCAUUUGAAAUGGACCAAGCAGAACUGUCUCACUAUGAGGUGUUCAGUGGUGAGACCUUUGAUGACUCUGUCCAGUGCACUGUGGAUAUAAAAGAAGAGUUCCUGAGAACUUCAGGAACUGAGGCUGAGAUCAGAUCUGAUAAAGAGAACAACAAUCUCUCCACGGAAAGAUCUGGAGAAGAGAUUCAGUGGGAUACCCCAGUGUCUUUACCUACAACCGUCAGAUUGAUUGAAGAGGAACAACAGCCACAGCCGAUGCUGCAACCACAGCUACAACCAAUGCUGCAACCACAGCUACAACCAAUGCUGCAACCACAGCAACAACCAAUACUAAAACCAGAACUACAACCACAGCUACAACCAAUACUACAACCAGAACAACAACCAAUGCUACAGCCACAGCUACAACAAAUGCUACGACCACAACUACAACCAAUUCUAAAACCACAGUUACAACCAAUAGUACAACCAGAGAUACGACCACUGCUACAACCAAUGCUACAACCACAACUACAACCAAUGCUACAACCACAGCUGCAACCAGCAAGUCAGAUAAAUACGCCAGUUUCUGAAGAUGAAGGCUCAAAUCACAUUGCAAUCGAACAGAGUGACAUGGAUCAAGAUGUCUUAGCUUUUAAGGUGGAUGUUGAAGCUUCAAGGACAAAUUCCACACCAGUUUGUGGAAUGGAUGAGAGCACUGAUGCAGACUGUUCCAGUGUACUGCUAACUGAGAAAUCUGACCACACAAUCCAAGAAAAAUCCAUAUCCUGCCAAGAAGAUGAGACAACCGUAAUAUUCAAUAAACCUACAACAAAGAAAGAACUCAUCCAGUCAUCAGAGAUGUGUUCGCAAGAAGCAUAUGUGACUGUUACCAAGGAUGAAUUUAUUGUACAUCAAGAGGAAGUGAAAGAACUUUGUCAUAAAGCAGAAUUCUUUACGCUACCACCAGAAGUUGUCAGACCCACUGAAGGUGAUUCUCCAGUUCACUGUUACAACGACAGAAUACAGUGCUACUCUGAAAGUGAACAUAUGCUUGAAUCAGAGGAAAGUGUUCGAAGAUUGAAUGUUCCAGUUAUAGACUUGGGUCAAUCAGGCGUAAACAUCUACAAGGGAAAGGAUGAAGACAUAAUAUUUAAGGUGGAUGUCAAAGCUACAUCUUUGCAAACUCCAACUAUCCAUGAGACUGACAGGAGCAAGUCAAAUGAUGGAACAGAUAUUGCUAAUUUUACACAACCUGAGGUAUCGCACACAAUGGCAGAGGUGUGUCCGUACAAGAAAGGUGAGGAACUCCAAGAAUGUGACAUUAUCCCCCAAUCUAAGGAUAUUUGCAAAGCUCUUGUUGUGAAAACAGCUGAGCCAUCUCACUCUGGAGAACAUGCUUGUGAGACAGAUGAUGUCACCGUCCAGUUUGCAGUGGACCUACCAGCUCCUCCUGUGACGUUCUCCAGUGUCCCUGAGGCUCAACGGACCAUAUGCAUUGAAUCAGGAAGACCCUUUAAACUACAAUGUGAAGUCUCAGACCCUGAUGCACAAGUGCGAUGGUACAAAGAUGGGAAUGAGCUUCCUCAAGAUGGUAUGGUUACUGUGUAUGAGGAAGCGAUGAGAACACUUUCUGUGCAAAGUGCUGAAUUAUGUCACAGUGGAACAUAUAUCUGCCAGACAAACAAUGAUGCCAUCUCAUUCCAUGUGGAAAUCAAAGCUCCGUCACUGAAGUUCAUUCCAAUUUCAGAAGUGGAGAAGAACAAGUCCACUGAAGUAGACUCACCAAAUGUUCUGAAAUGUGAUCUAUCAGACGCAACCAUUGAGGUGCUCUGGUGCAAAGAUGGUAAAGAACUGGCCGCAAACCAUGGGCUCAAUUUCCAAACAGAUGAAAAUAUGGGGAAACUAACUGUUCAAUCAGCAGAACUGUCUGAUACUGGAAACAACACCUGUCAUGCUCCAGGUGAUACUGUAUCAUUCAAGGUGGACAUUAAAGCACACCCUAUUAGGUUCUCAGCACUCCCAGAAAUUGCGAGGAACAAGUUUAUCGAAGCAGGCUGUCCCAUUAUACUUCAGUGUGAAAUCUCAGAUCCUACUGCCCAAGUUUCCUGGCUCAAAGAUGGAGUCGAACUCCAACAAGACAGUGGACUUGACAUCCAGUCAGAGGGCACUAUGAGGAGAAUGAUCAUCCAGUCAGCUGAGCUCAAAAACUCAGGCGUGUACAGCUGUGAGGCUGUAGAUGAUCGCAUAGCAUUCAAGGUGGAUGUUGCAGCUCCACCAGCGAUGUUCUCAGCUGUUCCUGAGAUUGAGAAGAACAAGUCCGUUGAAGCAGGCUGGCCAAUCAUUCUCCAAUGUGAGAUAUCUGAUCCUACAGCCCUGGUCCAAUGGUACAAGGAUGGAUUACAGCUCUUACCUCAAUCUGGGGUUUACAUCCAAACACAGCACACCUUGAGGACACUGGUUAUCCAAUCAGCAAAUGUAUCCCACUCUGGGUUUUACAGUUGUAAUACUGCUGAUGAUAUCAGCGAAUUUUUUGUGGAUGUUAAAGCACCUCCUGUGACAUUUGCCUACAUACCAGAAGAUGAUCUGCACAGAAAUAUUGUGGAACAAGACAAUCUACUCCUUUGCUGCCAAUUGUCGAGGUCAGAUGCUACUGCACAAUGGUACAAGGAUGGAGUAGAGCUAAAGUCUAGUGACAAUGUCCUCAUAGAGGCAGAAAACACUAUACGAAGACUGAUCGUCCUUUCAGCUCAACUAUCAGAUUCUGGGACGUACACCUGUCGUGCCGGAGAUAGUGCAUUAGCAUUUAAAGUUAACGUAAGAGAACCUCCAGUAAUGAUUGUAUAUCCAAAGGAAGAUGUCCACCUUGAUCGCUACGUUCCUGAAGAAAUUGUCCUCAGUUGUGAACUUUCACGGCCAAAUGGAAAGGUCACAUGGUUUAAGGAUGGACAGAAACUACAGGAGAGUGAAAACAUAAAGCUAAAGUCAGAAGGUCCAUACAGACGACUAAAAAUUCUCCACAGUGGAGUUGAAGACUCUGGAGAAUAUGUCUGUGACACAGCUGAUGAUUCAAUAUUCUUCCAUAUAAACAUUAAAGAACCACCGGUGCGCAUAGUUUCUCCAAGUCAGUCCCAAAUGGAACUUUGCCAACAGACAUCUGAGAGGAUGGUCCUGAGCUGUGAAAUCUCCAGACCAAAUGCUGCUGUACGGUGGUAUCGAGAUGGACUUGAGGUGGAAGAGAGUGACAGCCUAAUUCUGGAGGUUGAUGGUGUCUACAGGAGACUUAUUAUCCCCAAACCCACUGUCAAAGACUCGGCAGAAUAUGUCUGUGACACUGCUGAUGACUCUGUGACCUUCUUUGUCAACAUUGCAGAGCCACCAGUUAGAUUUAUUCGGCCAAGGAAAAUGGCCUAUGGAGUAGAGAAACUUGUUGGAGAUAUUGUGGUUCUUGAGUGUGAAGUAUCUCGACCAAAUGCUGAAGUUAGUUGGAAGAAGGAUGCAGAAGAGAUUGAAGAGAACAGCAACUUAACUAUCACAGAGGAUGGCACAAGUCGACAAUUAACCAUUCACUCUGCAGCUUUUGAAGACGCGGGGCAAUAUGUAUGUGAUGCUAGAGAUGACGUGAUGGAUUUCUUAGUGAAAAUCAAAGAUCCACCACUAAUAAUUCUACGGAAAUCUGACAUAGAAACAAAACGCAGAUUUCUAGCAUCUGAUGCCAUAGUGUUAAAAUGUGAAAUCUCAAGACCAAAUGGGGUGGUCAGUUGGCUUAGAGACAAUGAGAAGAUUGAGGAAAAUGAGCAUUUCAUCUGUGAAGAGGAAGGCACAUUUAGAUCCCUGAUUGUCCUGAGCGCUGAGUUGAAGGACUCAGGGGAGUACAUAUGUGAUGCACAAGAUGAUAAAGUUGUCUUCAGUGUUACUGUAGAAGAGGCUCCAGUGUCCAUUGUUGGAAAUUCAGAGAAGCCAGAACACCAAAUUUUAAUGACAGGAGAUGAGCUAAUCCUGGAAUAUGAGGUAUCUCGGGUAAAUGCUAUAGUCCAGUGGUACUUUAAUGGACAUUUACUACAAGAAGAUUCACGCACACACAUUGAAAGCAGAGACACAACAAGGAAGCUUGUGAUAUCAAGACUUCAGACAUCUGACUCUGGAGAGUAUAUCUGUGAUGCCAUUGAUGACAAAAAGAUAAGCGGACUAACAGUUCAAGAACCACCGUUCACAUUCAUCAAAAAAGAUGAAAGAACAAAUAUUUCAGCCUAUGAAGAAGACAGUCUGACACUACGUGCCACUGUUAACAGGGUCAAUGCCCCAGUUAAAUGGCAGAGGGGCCAUGAUCCAGUCAGAGGUGAUCGUUUCCACACAACAAGUGAUGGUAACACCCACUACCUCACUAUUAACCCACUUAAGAAAAGUGAUAUUGGAGAAUACAUGUGUCAUGUGGGAUCUGACGAGAUGCAUUUCAGUAUCAACGUUAAAGCAAUGAAGGUGAAGUUCUCCAAACCACUAGAAAACACAGCGGGACUCAAAGGUAGUGAUGUGGUUUUAAAAUGUGAACUGUACAAAUCAAAAGGAGAUGUUCAGUGGCUUAAGGGCAGCCAAGAGAUUGCACCAAAUAGACAUUUUACAAUCAGAGCUGAGGGUCGAGUGCGAAGCCUGACAAUACACAAUGUCACAGAAGAUGAUGCAGGAGAAUAUGCUUGUGAAUCUAAAGAUGAAAGGACAUCAGCAACUGUAGUGGUCAACAUCCCUCGCAUUGUGGAGUUUAUUGCAGAGAUACACAACAUAACUGUCAUGGAAGGAGAAGACGCAACAUUUAAGUGUGUGGUAUCUCCAGAGGAUGCAAAGUUGGUCUGGUUUAAGAAUGGCCUGCCAAUUUCAUCAAAUGAGAAGUUCAACAUCUCAAGUAAUGGAUUAUGCCAUAUGCUGCAUAUCAACAACUGCCAAGUCUUGGAUAGCUGCAAGUUGACAGCCGAGGCUGAAGGUGUGAUUUCCAGAGCAAUCCUACAGGUCCAAGAGGCACAGGUGCUUUUCACAAAGAUCAUGGACACAGUGGUUGCAGAGGAGUUUGGUGAGGCAACACUUGAGGUGGAGGUCAGCCUUGAGACUGCCGAGGUGCAGUGGAUGAGACAAGGAGUGGUUAUACAUCCAGGGUCCAAGUUCACCCUGAAGCAGAAUGGCCCAAAACAUUCUCUCACAAUCCACAAACUCACCCUUUCAGACCGAGGCACCUACAGCUGUGAAACCCUUCAUGACCGCACACAAGCCAAGCUCACUGUGGAACCAAGAAAAAUCAAGAUUCGGAAAGGUCUAACGGAGAUCCAGACUUACGAACGAGAGACGGCUUCUUUUGAGGUGGAGCUGUCACAUGGCAAUGUGGAUGGUGUGUGGCAGAAGGAUGGGCACAUUCUCAAAAACAACAACCGAUUGCGUAUGACUGCAAAAGGACGAGUACACAGCCUAACCAUCUCCAACCUAACCUUGGAUGACACUGGCACCUACAUAUUCUCUGUAGAGAACGUCAGAUCACUAGCAAGAUUGGAAGUUAAAGAAAUUCCAGUAUCAAUUCUAAAAAAGCUUGAGGAUAUCAGGCAACCAGAAGGAUCUGGUGUAACCCUCGAAUGCGAGCUGUCGCGCCACAAUGUGGACGUCAAGUGGACAAAGAAUGAAGUUCAGCUUAAACCAGGAAAAAGUCAUCGCAUUUACUCAAUGGGAAGAAAAUGCUUUCUACAGAUACUGAAGUGUGAACUGGGAGACUCCGGUUCAUAUGUGUGUGAUGCUGGGGAUGCCACAACAUCCUGUUCUGUGGAUAUCUAUGAGAGGGAAUUUGAGAUAAUACAAAGUUUGGAGGAUCUGGAUAUUCAAGAAGGUCAGAAUGCAGUGUUCAUGUGUGAAGUGUCCCUGGAUGAUGUGCCUGGAGAGUGGUUUAAGAAUGGCGAAAAGAUAAAACCAACCAGCACCAUCAAGAUUCGUCAAGAAGGGAUAAAGCACUUCCUCCUAAUUUGCAAUGUUAAAGAAGACGAUUCCGGGGAAAUCAAGUUUGUUGCCAAGAAUGUGGAGACUACAGCUUACCUUGAGGUGGAAGCACUACCAGCAAACAUUGUGAAGCCACUUCAGGACAAGACUGCUCUGGAAAAAACCCGCGUCAUACUGGACUGCACUGUGACCAAUCCGCGUUGCAGCAUUCGCUGGUAUAAGGGACCGAAUGUCAUCCUGCCCUCAGAGCGCUUUGAGAUCUGCAGUGAAGGGUGCUAUCGAAAACUUGUGAUUCAGCAGGUGUUGCUAGAAGAUGAGGGCACUUACAGCGUCCAAGUUGGAAACUACACAUCUUCGGCAAAGCUAACUGUUGAAGCUCAGUCAAUCCUAAUGGUGAGAGAGCUGCAGGAUACGGAUGUGACAGCUUCUGCAGACGCAUGCUUUGAAUGUGAAGUCUCUUUGCCCGUGGCCAAGGCACCUACCUGGACCCUGAAUGGGGAGACGCUGCAUCCCGGUCCUAAAGUUGUGGUGGAGAAAAUGGGAACCAUUCACAGGCUCACUCUCAAACAAACAUCCGAAGACAUGAGCGGCACUGUGUGCUUUAUCACAGGGAGAGUCAAAAGCACUGCUCAUUUGCAAGUCAUAAGUAACCACUGAGAAACAGCACAUAAGCACUUGUGAUAAUACUCAACUACGCCACUAUUUAAAUACAAAAAAUACCAAAUGAAAUGAUAAAACUAUUAACCGUUUUAAUGUGUCUGAAAAAGAUAGGUCUAUCAUUAAUUUAUUUAAAAAAAAACAACAAAAUAUUUAAAUCUUCAUUAUGCUGUUUUACACAUUAUAUGCUUCUCUACACGGUUCGCCAUUCAUUAUAGAAUCAUUUUUAAGCUUUUCCAAAUUUAUGAUCAAACGCAUUGCGCUUUACAAAAUUAGCACACGAUGUAAUUCAGCUAUGUUGUUACGGCUUAAAAUUUCUUGCACAGUAAUUUGGUAUUUCAUUUUGAAAUUUGUGUACUACUGUAUAUCCUUGUAUAGAUAUCCUUUUGUGUUGUUUUUUUAAUUCUUGUUUUGUGGGAUGCGGAUGAAAGUGAGGUUAAGGUGAAAUAAAAAUGUGCAGGGCCAAAGACGAUCAAAAGAGGGUUUGGGACGGAAAGUAACUUCAGCAUAUAUAACACAUACACUGAAUUCAAGAACACAGACGUUUUACAAAGUAGGGAAACAUUUACUAAUAAAUGAAAAUGGUUUUGAUAGUUUUGUUUGCUUCUGUUGUAAUCAGAAGGUAUGUCACAUUUCUUGCCUUUUACUGAAGUAUAUGAAUAAAGUGCUGCAAUUUUCCCUUGUUAAGCAAUAUCUUUCAAUAAAUUUUAAAAACUAAAUUUCUUGUGGAGUGUGCUAUUUUCUAUUUUAUAGUGAACAGUCAAUACUGUACUGGCGCAAUGUUCCAAAAUAUUGGUUUUUCUCUACGGAAAAAAAGUGCAGUCUUCAUUAACGUGAUGUUCCAAACCGAUAGGCUUGUGACUUUCUUUUCUUAUAUAUAUAUACACACACAAACAUAUACUGUACGCGAUGACACCGGAAGCCAGACCCAUAUUUACAAAUGUCUAAAAGACCCUUUUAGAAACACAUAAGCUAUCAAACAUAUUUGCAUCAAAAAAGCACUGUAAAGUUAAAAAAAAAAAUGUAAUAUGUAACUUUUGGUAAUGUUUGAAGUACUAGUGUACUCUUAUGUCAAUACCACCUUAUCCAAAACAGCAACCAAUUAGUUUCGAUGGCUCUUAUUUAUUUUUAAGUGAUAUAAUACAUUUCCACACCAUGUCUGUUUAAAUCUAUCUGGUUGAAGAUCAUUUACAUAGGCCAUUUCAUCUCGUUAUUGUAAUAAAGUUUUCUUUAUGUAACGCUAGAGGGAGCCAUAAGCGUUCUAAUAAAUUUAAGAAUCGGCGCAGCCUAAGUUUUCAGGCAGCAAGUUUUUUAAUUCCAGGCUUUAUUUUUCUUAAUAAUGCCCCGAGUACCUAUACCAAGAGUUUCUGUUGAGCACAUCAAAAUCGGCUAUGAUAACGGACUUGCUCAUUGCAGAUACUACACAAGUGAAACAAUUCACAAAGCUACAAGCACCGAAGCCUUACCCACUACGGCAUUUUUGUUUCGGAGAACAAAAUAUCAUUACACGUUUGUUAUUCAACAAUUAUAAGAGAAAUGCAUUCGUGGCCCUGUGAGAAUAUUGAAAAGGCGGCAUAUUAUUCAAAACAAGCGCUACCAAGACUAUUACAUAACCUCUGGAAAACACGGGCCUGGGUUGGUCCUGUUGCAUAAGCAGACUAGUGUGAGAAGUCCUACUGAGAUUGAUGAAUAGUCGGACCUUGGAGAAUGUACUAAGUCAGACAUGCGAUUCAGUAACAUGUUCUCCACUGCAAGACUCGAUGUACUCGCGUACCUAUUAAAUUUAGGCUCGAGUUCACUGAUGUUUUAACAUUUCUUAAAUGCUGUUGCUUUUACGUAACAUUUUCAAUGACUGACAUUAUGUGUUUUUUUUUUCAUUUCUUCACAAAAUGUUUACGUUUUUUUUCUUUGGUUUUAAAAAGGUAAAAACUCUUCAUUUAUGUUCACGCAUUUUGUCAAAGACAACCCCAUUAACGUCUACACAAAUCCACAACACAGAGGGUUUGAUUCAAGUACGACAAAAAUCAGUUGCGUUUAAAAAAAAAAACAAAAAAAAAAAAAAACAAAUAACACUCAAGCUGCUCUUUAAACUUUUAUGAAUAACAAAAUCUUUUUUUCUCCAUGGCACAGCACUAUUUUCAUUAAUAUCACAAAUAUAGAGAUGGCAAAUGUUUCGCCAUCACCAAAUCUAUUUAAAAAGUCAAACACUGAAAAAUGGACAAAAACAACACCGGUAUUAAAAACCAUAACAUCAUCUUUCCGCUCUCUCCCGGACACAUGAACAUCACCGUUAUGUCUCGAAACAUCAAUAUUGGCACUUGCAAAACAAUCAACUCAGAUAGUGCCGAGCAAGCAUACGAUCCCCAUUAAGGAAAAGCAUCCAUAUUAAAUGGCAACUAACAAGAAGGCACGUCAACUGCACAUUAACAGGGGCUCUCCAGUCCACAGUACGGUAUGCAAAAAAAAUCACUUUCUCAAUGAACCAUCUGAAAGCUUAGUGAUCUAAUGGAGAGUUAAGGCAUUACAAGUUGAACAUCUGCUUCCACUGACAAAUCAAGAUUCGAUUCCAGUAUUCUUUACUCGUUUUGAUUAAUAUAAUAAUAAACACACAAAUGGCAUACUGUUAUGAAUUUAAAACUAUACAGUAUCAGACAAACUGAUUUUGUAAAUAAGACCACUUUGAUAUUGUCUGACGACGUUUUGCUACAGUAAUUUUAAGGCCGUGGCGAAUGACCUCACAUUAGACAAAAUAAAGCAUACUGUAUAUGAUUUAAAAGGUGCAUUAGCUUAACCUUCAGAGUGAAAACGGGCCGUGUGACACAACAAGUGCCCGACCAAUUUCCCUUUCUUACAUCUGUUCCUUUGUGAAACUUGAAUUUCAAGUGCUGGCUGAUUGCAUCAUGAGCCUUUCUGAUCUGAUUUAGAAUUUGGAGGAAGAAAAGAAAAAAAAAAAAACAAAAUAAAUGGAUAAUGAAUGCUUGUUUUAGGAGUUCAAUAAAGCUGGCUAGAUGAAAAGAAGA